CUUCAACAUUCACGCGCUAGCUGGAGUUCAACACUCUACGCCUUCCCGUUGGUCCGCGCCGUAGAAGCGAAUUUUUCUGCCGCGCAGCAACAGACGGAGCCUCGAGCCGCGCCGCCCAGCGCCAAUAGCUGCCUCUAUUCUCAACACGGCAGUUCACCCAGCACAUACAGAGCGGCGCCUGCACAGCGCCGGCAUAGCGCCUUGACAGCUCCGCGCCCUCGCCGUCACUGUGAUAUCAACCGGCGGGCCCCUCGCCCACCUGCUGUCCAAGCAUCCACUGCUCAAUUGCUUUCGUCUCGUCCAUCCAACAUGGCCGGUGUUGGCAAAGCCGACGGUAGCCAGCUGCGAGAGCGGCCAAGCGCCAAACCGCUUCGCUUCGACAAUGCAGACGAUGCUAAGCAAAAGGUCCUGCAGCUGAACGAGGAAGAAGACAAAAAACACAAAGGUGAUGACGACCGGAAGCGAACUUACGGAAGGACUCCGGACGGCACAGUCUUCAUCGUGCCUCAGACGCAUGACAUGGUCUCGCAGCUGCUCUCGCCCUCACAACCCAAGAAUCUGUCGGAUUUAGCAGUCCUCGGUGUGCUCGCCUCCAUGAUCUUGACCUUCUGUAUGCUGCCCAAACGCGCCCGCAUACCCGUGUUCGCAGUAGUCUUCCUAUUCUGGCGCGCCGCCUACAAUGCCGGCAUUGGCUGGCUGCUCGACGGGCAGUCCAAGCACAAGCGCCUUGUCUUGUGGGCAAAGCAGAGCCACAUUUUCGAAAAGCCUGAAACUGGCAGAAACCCAAACCCCGCGCUGUACAAGCUCCUUGAGCGUGAACUCGAGACCAAGAUUCCCCACGACUACAAGUUUGCAGAAGCCCCGCUCGAGUACAACACGUGGCUGGUCUUUAGGCGCCUGGUAGAUCUGAUCCUCAUGUGUGAUUUUGUGUCAUACUGCCUUUUCGCCAUGGCCUGCUUCAACCGCCCUCAAGAAAGCUGGCUCCUGUGGACUCUACGAUGGACCACGGGUGUCGUGCUUUUCCUCUUCAACCUCUGGGUCAAGCUUGACGCGCACCGGGUCGUCAAAGAUUUUGCCUGGUAUUGGGGCGACUUCUUCUACCUCAUCGACCAGAGCCUGACGUUUGACGGCGUCUUCGAAAUGGCACCGCACCCCAUGUACUCCAUAGGCUAUGCCGGGUACUAUGGUAUUGCUCUGAUGACGGCCAGCUACAAGGUUUUAGCCAUUUCCAUCAUCGCCCAUGCUGCGCAAUUUGCCUUCUUGUCCAUUGUAGAGGAGCCACAUAUUGAAGCCACCUACAACCCAGCUCCUCCCCGCCGAACGCGCCAGAAUUCAGGGGAGGUUGCCCUGGAAGACCGCUCCAAGCUCAGCCAAUCUGACUCGGCUCUCGGCGAAACGGCCUACGAUCCCUCCAAGCAACCUGCCCCAACGCACCACAUCGUAGGGCCGCUGAACACCGACCUCCACCGCUCCAUAGAUGUCACGGUAGUAUUGCUUUCGUUCUAUAUGAUUUGCUUGGCAGUACUGACGCCAAACACAUGGCUUGUGAAAGCAUUCCUCUUUGUCAACGCUUUCGCGUGGCGUUUGUGGUACGCGCUGGGACUGGGCUACAUUCUCGACCGACAGUCAAAGAAGAAGAACUGGACUAAACACUUUAUCAAGUACGGCGAUACCAAAGAAGAGGCCUGGCGCCAGUGGAAGUCUCUGUACCACAUGAGCACGACCAUGAGUCACGCUAGCUUUGUCGCAGUCGCCUGGAAGAUGUACACGCUUCCCUCAGACGGUCUAAGUGGACUUGCGCUCUUCCGACACGUUCUGGGUGCUGCCAUGGUUGCCCUUCAACUGUGGGUCGCCAUGAGCAUCUAUGAGUCUCUGGGCGAGUUUGGCUGGUUCUGCGGCGAUUUCUUCUACGACCCGCCUUCGAGAUCGCUUACGUACAGUGGCAUCUACCGCUUUCUGAACAACCCCGAGAGAGUUCUCGGGCUCGCUGGCGUUUGGGGCAUCGCCAUCAUCACAUGGAAUCCGGCAAUCUUCUAUCUUGCUACAACAGCUCAUAUCCUCAAUCUUAUCUUCCUUCAAUUUGUGGAGAAGCCACACGUAAUCAAGCUGUACGGUCGCAACCUCCGUGAAAUGUCAGGUGUCAGCAAGACUGUGCGCCAGGCACUGCCUGAUCCAGUCCGCCAGUGGCAAUCGGCAGCCGACAGGUACAUCAACUCGGUCGUGGAAUCUAUCGAAAAGUUCCUGGAUGAUACUCGACCAAAGGUUGCUGCCAGGUUUGAUGGUUUUUUCCAAUCCUCAACGAGCUUGCUCAAGGCCUACCCAACGCGCAUUACAAUCGGUCGCUCGUCACACGACAUGACUGACUUGGACGCCAAGCAAUACAAGCUAGAGGUCCAAGGCACCGUCUUGCCGGCAACGGUCGAGCUACAGAAGAAUGGCGGACGCGAAGGAGAGCUUGCCAGAGCUCCAGCGGCUAGAACGAAUGGAUACAAGACGCUCGCUCUUGAAUACGGCGCGCCCAUCAAAGUUCGCUGGCAGGCCCCUGUUAACCAUAGCAAGAAGGACUGGAUUGGGCUGUACAUGGUUACUGACAAUCAAUCUCGCGAGGUUACCAGCAUCAGCUCCAACGGACGAUGGGUGGCGACGAACAAGGACAUGUUCGACUCUGCUCGUGCUGACGACGGCAUACUGGUCUCGGACAAGCUGGUGCCUGCGAACCCUGCUGACGACGAGUCCUCGGACUGCUACUCUGGCGAAGUCGAGUUCCGCGGAGACAAGCUGUGGUGGACCACGGGUGUGUUUGAGUUUAGGUACCACCAUGGCGGCGGGCACCAUGUCAUGGCACUGUCGCAGGCUUUCGAGAUACGCAUCCCACGGUUCGAUGAAGAUGAUGUCGAGGUGGACGAGAAUGGCACGACGCAUCGCGCCGUGGAAGAGGCACUCCUUCCGAUUAUCCAGAACUGCUUUGAUCGCGACCCGGAGAUUGCACCCUCGACGCCUGAGGAGCCGUUUGGCAGCUUGGUCGAGAGGGACGGCAAAUUUGCCAAGCGCGUCGUGUUUGCAGUCCACCAAAUGUUUGGUAUUGAGUUCGCACCCGAGGUAGUUCAGGCCGACGGUACGGUCAGGAAUCUGGCGUGGCGCAUCUGUAAUGCAAAGAAAGUCCUGGCUCCUUACAGUAUGUCCGCCACGCAUGGCAGAAAUACGCCGACAUAAAGGGCAUGACAAUAACACUCGGUGUUGGCUCGUGUGGUGUGACGAGGGACAAGGCUGGACUUCUUUGUUGGCUGAGUCUGGGCAAUACCCGCGUACAUGGCGAGGCGUGUGGGAGACGGUCGACACUUCUUUAUGCUUGGUCUGUCGGCAUCUCCGAGACGUCAUGAACAUAUGCAAAAGGAUGGGAAGCGAGUUGCUGGGUGCAUUUGCAGCGUGGCUGGGUGGCAGAUGUCUGUUUAUGCACAUGUGUAGAUAGGCUGGGGCCGAACAGGAGCGGGUACAUGCAGCAGAGUCGCAGGGUGAAUGGAAGCGCAUCUUUGGC